GGAGGGACGAAUAUUAUUGGGAUUAUUGUGUAGCUGCGUCGGAAAGGUCUCCGUACAAGCAAGCACAGAUGUCAUCGAUGUGAUCUAGCAUACUACCUACUGUAGGUAUGUACUCCGUAACAGCCUCCAAGGAUAUGUCGGGGAUACUUCAGCGAAAAAGAACACCAAGCGCGUGCUACACCCGGAUGGAUCAAGAUGUGUUCGGUGCUGUCGUACGUGUCUAUAACCGAGCAAAGCACUGGCAGAAACAGCUUCCACCCUUGUUACUGUAUUUUUGCCACUGUAAACCGUCCGUGUCGACAUUGAUGAAUGCUUGCCUUAGAAGAGAGCCAGGAAUCCGGUGGGCGACGCAUGUGGCAUGGUCUGAUAGCAGUCUGGGCUUUCAUCAGGACUUGCGUGUCGAUGCAAGUUUCCGGCCUUCGCAGAAGGACAUCCCAACUGCUCCGAGAUUUUUUGAGCACGAUUCAGUGAUGUGAGCCUCCCAACAUAGUUGUAUGGCACACAAGAUGCGGGCAGAUGUCUAGACCUCAUCUGAUUACACUCGUGUGAAUGGAGAACUCCGGAGAGGGUAUCAUUUUCUUCAAUCUCAUCAUAUCGGAGUGUCGAGUAUUGUACAACCAAUGUGAUACUCAUGGUAUUACAC